AUGCCAGACGCCAGGAUGUCACACUCAUCCCACCACCAUCAUCAUUCCCACUCUUCCCAUGCCUACCCUUCCCAUGGUCCUCCAUCGGGCUAUCCACCUUCUUCCUCACAUUCACCAUACCCGCAAUCAGCACAUCAUCACCACCAUUCCUCAAGACACGUUUCUAACGGUCCACCACCUACUGCUCCGGGAAUGGUCGGUGGACCUCACCCGCCACCUAUGACCAUGGCUGGACCUCCCCCAGAAGCCAUCGGUCCACCAUCGAUAGUCGCCAUGGGAAAUGGACAUGGCCACCCGGCAGGUAUGGGCGGACCUAUCAGUCCUGCUGCUAGGGCAGCAAAGGAAAAGAUGGAUAAUCUCCUAGCUCAGUUGGCUAACGCUAAUGAAAACACUUGGAUGUUGAUUGGUGCCGUCGCUGAAGGAAUGAAUAACCCUGAUCGAGCACUAACAGCGUUCGAAAAUGCUCUGCGACAUAACCCUUCGUCCGUGCUUGGAUUGAAUGCUGUCGCCUCCAUAGCGAGGAGCAGAGAUAAUUUCGAUAAAGCCAUAGAGUAUUUCCAAAGGAUUCUCAACAUAAACCAAGAGAACGGAGAAGUAUGGGGAUCGAUGGGUCACUGCUUGUUGAUGAAAGAUGAUCUACCGAAAGCGUACACCGCCUAUCAACAGGCGUUAUAUCAUCUACCUAAUCCCAAGGAACCUAAAUUAUGGUAUGGUAUCGGUAUCCUAUACGACCGAUACGGUUCAUUCGAACAUGCGGAAGAAGCCUUCUCGAGUGUGCUCAAGAUGGAUCCUAAUUUCGAGAAAGCAAACGAAAUUUACUUCCGAUUGGGUAUCAUAUACAAGCAUCAACGCAAAUUCGGAGCCUCGUUGGAGUGUUUCCGAUACAUCCUCAACAAUCCACCCCGUCCGCUCACAUCAUGGGAUAUCUGGUUCCAGCUCGGUCACGUAUAUGAGCAAGAUCGAGAUUACGAAAAUGCCCGGGAAGCCUAUCUGCGAGUGUUGAGUCAUCAACCCGACCAUGCCAAAGUACUUCAACAGCUUGGUUGGCUUCACCACCAACCUGGCGCUCCAUUUGCCGAUCAGGAUAAGGCUGUCCAGUACCUCACCAAGAGUCUCGAGACCGACGGGACCGAUGCUCAAAGUUGGUACCUCCUGGGUCGAGCUUUCAUGGCCGGUCAAAGAUACAACAAAGCGUACGAAGCUUAUCAGCAAGCUGUUUAUCGGGAUGGCCGAAACCCUACUUUCUGGUGUUCCAUCGGUGUCCUCUACUAUCAAAUCAAUCAAUAUAGAGAUGCGCUUGAUGCUUACUCUCGAGCUAUCCGACUCAAUCCUUACAUCAGUGAAGUAUGGUACAACUUAGGAAGUCUUUACGAAUCUUGCAACAACCAAAUUACCGAUGCAAUCGACGCUUAUUCCAGAGCAGCCGAGCUAGAUCCAUCGAAUACGACGAUCAAGCAACGACUCAGCAUUCUCCAAACUCAUGGCAAUGCACCCCUUCCUCCCGCCCCUGGUCCAGUCGACGUUCAUCCAUCUCAAUACAGCGCUACACCUACCGGCCAACAUCCACCUGGUCAUUCACCCGGUCAAUCACCCCACGGUCAUCCCGGACAACUUCAACCAGGUGAAGGACCUGCUGCCGGAAGAGACUUACCCCCACCACCUCCUGGAAGCGAAUUUGGUCGACCUCAAUCUCCAGGACCUUUCCGAGGUGGACCUGUACCUCCUCCUCUUGCGCACGUUGACGAAAGCCGAGGAUCGAUGUCAAGACAUGCUCCUCUGGCACCUAUGGAGACAGAACGACCAGAUGGACCCAGAGAAAGAGGCGAGCCUCCUCGUGGUGGACCUCAGUAUAAUGGAGGUGGAAGGUUCGAUCUUGCUGGCCGACAUAUCGAAACACCUCCUUCUCCAGGGCGACGAGAUCCCUUCGGUAAUGGACCACCUAAUCAUGCAGGAUAUCCUCCUUCGUACCCUAGAGAUAGAGAACACGAAGAAUGGGAAAGGAGCAGGGAAAGAUCGCGGAUCCCUCCCGGUGGUCUACUCGACGUCAGAGGACCUUCGCCAAGAAUGCAAGAUCGAGUACCUCAUCCCAACGUGGAUCCUCGUCGACAACCGUCUCCUAGGCUUCCACCUGACUAUAGGGGUCAGGACUAUUCUCGAGCUGGCGAAUCACCUUACCCACCUGGAUAUCCUUAUGAGCACCGUGGAUCGUACCCCUCGGGACCUGAUCCGCGAUAUGAUCCUAAGCGAGAAGCGGAGGAAGCCAGACGUCGUGAUGAAGGGCGAAGAUUCGAAGAGAGAGAACUCAACGGGUCUAUCCGACAUGGAUCGGUCACUAGGGAUCUACGAGCCGAUGAUGUCAGAGUACCUAGUCCUGCUCCUUCAACAGGUAGUAAAGCUGGCUCUAAAAGAAGGAAUGAGAAUGAGAAAGUUGGAAAUGCCAAGAGAGCGAAAGAUGAUAAACCACCUAGCAAGAGAGGAAGUGGGGAUAGCGCCAAGAAGGAUAAAUCAAAAGGAAAUCUCAAAGCUACUGUGGAUGAAGAAUCUAGAGGUCUUUCGCCUAGACCUACAAAUGCUAGUAGUCCUUCUGCAUCCGUUAGGAGUACACCUCAGCAGACACCUCAAAAGCCCGCUCCCACUAGGACAGUGGAUGAAGAUUACGAUGAAGGUGCCGCCGAUGCUUUGAUGACAUUACAUGGAGAUCGACCACCGACAAGUAAAGAUAGUACAACUCGAGAUGGAUCACCGUCUUCUCGAAGUCCAGCUGCCCCGUCCGUAGUAGGAUCAAAGAGAUUAGAACCACCUUCACCUUCAUCUUCUCCAGCUACCAUCUCCAAAAAGCCCAAAGGCGAUAAAUCGAUUUCACCUCCUGCUCCUACUGCCGCAUCAAGUAGACGAACGAUCAUUGAAGUUCUUAAUACACCUUCUAUCGGAUCGCCUUUACCUCGAUCGACACCUGCUGAAGAAAAGGAGAAGAUUGAUUCGGACGCAAAAAAGUUGGAAGAACCCAAGGUUGAAGCUGAACCAGAAAAAGAGAAAGAGAAGGAGAAAGACACAUCAACCACUGCUGCUGCAUCUGACGAAGUGGAGAAACAGCAUGGAGAGGAAGAAGGAGAGGUGAAGGAAGCCUCAAGACCACCUACACCACCUUUACCUCCCUCGUCACCUAAGGUUUCCGGAGUGGCUGAGAAAGAUAAGAAGAGCGAGGAGGCUAAUGGUGAUGUAGAUGCGGAUGUGGAAAUGGGAGAACCUGAGGAAACCGGAACUGAAGUUGAGACCAAGACUGCUCCUGCUUCUGAGGUCGUCGAAGAAGGUGAAACCUUGGAUGAGGAAGUAUCGAUAGAUCAAGGUAAAAAGACGGGUAUGGAAGUCGAUCAAAAGGAAGGUGAAAAAGAGGAAGAUGGUGAAUUGAAGGAAUCUGAAGAAGUAGGAGAAAUCGAAGUCGACGCAAAUGAAAAAGUUAAAGCUAAAGAAGUUGAAGCGUGA